CUUCCGGUUUAUCUCCAAAAAUGUCAGCGUACAGAAGUAGAGCGAUUAAUGAUUUGGAAGCAGUUCUUAGUGAACAAAAUAGGAGCGAGAUUAUGACACUCAAAAUUAUUUCAUGUAACUGCAUCGGAGGAAAACUUUUCAGUGCUGCAUCGGUCGUUACACAAGAAAUGUUGAGUAUAUUUGAAGAUUUCCCAUCAGAAAAAUCAUGCACGCUGGCAUUUGAAGAUGUUUGGGACGUACGGAAACUCCAAGACCUGGUGGAAUUACACUCGGAGAAAGAAUGGAAGGAAGAAGUUAGAGCAAAGAAACCUAAAAUAUCAAAAUCUAUUCAAAAUAACAAAGAUGAUGCAGCGUUUGUAAACUUAGAAAACUAUAUCCUUGAUUUGGAUUAUCACAUGAGUUGUAUGAAAAAAGUAAUUAAAAACAGAAAAGAAGAAAGAGAUCUGAGUAAAAGAGAAGUUAUAAAGGCAUUGAAUGUGCAUCUGUUUAGUCCUCUGAGUGGUGGAAACUGUGUAAUUGAUUUCCAUGUCAUGGAAGAAGAUAACUGUGUUUGUAGUUGUGGCUGCACUACUCCAGUACAUGCAGGACCAACUGGCAUAGGUGUUGAAUCUUGCUGGCAUGGAUUUGUGGAUAUGGUUGUCAGUGGUAAUGAGUUGGUUAACACUGUGCAGACGUCAGACCUUUCAGAAAAGGUGAAAAUGGUAGUUGGAGUAAAAAGAGAAGAAAAUUUACUUGAUUCAAGAUUUCAAAGCUCAGUUAUAGCAGAAACUAUAACCAAUUCGUUUGCACAAGUCAAUAGAAAUCCUGCUGUCUCAGGACUACCGAUUCCAGCAUUUGGAUGUACACCAGAUGAAAUAUUAGUUUUUGCAUAUGACUGUAGAAACGAUAUGUUACUGAAAAAAAUGGUGGAUUUGAAGCUUUUUCAUGAUGAUGUGAAGAGUGCAACCAUCGUAAUGUUAUGGUUGUAUAUUAACUUUACAAGUUUCAUGAGGAGAGAUGUCACAGAUACUCUAACAAAGCCUUUUCUAUCUGAAUUCACAUCAGAAUUCUGCUCAAGUCGGCAAAUAGAGUCAUGUUACAGGAAAGUGACUAGUGCAACUCCUGAAUUUUAUCCUGUUUCAAAUUGGCCAAAGCUUAACUAUUACAGUUCAGCAAACAUGACAUAACCCAGGACUUAAUGCUCUAUUUUGUCUUCAUUCCUGAGAAGUUUAGGAAUCUGUCAACAUCCAUUUUGAGAAUUCAGAUGUUAUCAGAAAAAAUAUUCUUACAGUGCAACUUGCUAACUGCAAUGCAGUACACAAGAUGUUAUCAAAAUAACAUAUCUACCGUGAGUAGCAGUGUUAUAUUUUAAAGAAAACUGAUUAAAUCAGUAUACUGUUGUUUGAAAAUGCAGACAAUGAGUUUUACAAGAAUGAAAGUGCAUAUAUAGUAAAUCUUAAGAGAUAUUGAAUUUUGUAAUGCGAUUUAUGUCAAAUAUUGAAUAUAAAAACUGCAUCAUACAGCUA